UAACGAUAGCUUUUGAAUGGUGCCAUUAUAUUGAAUCUAUGAUGCACCAGUAAAAUCAGAAAAUUGCAUAAGCAAUUUUAUACAAUGUUCUCCAAUUCGUCACAUUCAGUGUGUCUAUGAAAAUAAUUUUUUUUCCCACUGUAUUACAAUAUCAGAUUUAGUUGGUAGUCACCAGCUAUUGACAUUUCAGAUUCUAACAAUCAAAAAACCAUGCCUCUUCCUGCAGCACUAGCUGCUAAACUUGCAAAACGCGGAAUCGUUCCAAAAGAAGUUGAGGAACCAGAAGAAGAGGUUAUUGCAGAAGAUUACGAUACAAAUAAGACUAAUGAUGAAGUUGAAGGACUUGAUUCAAGGCUUGAUGAAUUUGGUAAUUUCUUACACGAAGGUUGGGAAAAAGUUUGGGACCCGGAAUACGAAACAUGGUACUAUUGGGACGUAUCUCGUGAUAUGGUUAGCUGGCUACCACCUAGUGAUCUUGAAGCUGUGAUCACAUAUCCAGCAAAUAGUACGAAAACUCAUACAGAAGAAAAAAGAGAAAAUGAACCAAAGCGAAGUAAACCUAAAUCUAAAUCAAGACAGGUGCGAUGGCAGAAACCGGCACCUGCUGAUGAUGAAAUUGAUCCAAUGGAUCCAAGUUCCUAUUCUGAUGCUCCUGUUGGUGAUUGGAGAAGAGGACUUAAAAAAUUAGAUGAUGCAAAGAGUGGAGUAGAUUCUACUGCAUCCGGUCCUUUAUUUCAACAGAGACCAUAUCCUUCACCUGGUGAAGUUCUUAAAAGAAAUAAGCAAGCUUUAUCAAUGACUGGUCCUCAAAAACCUCAAUGAUACUAGACUGGAUUUACUUGCGUAAUUAUUGAAACAAAAGGCGCAUGUGUAGCUGAUGCUGGUAGUUCUCCAUUUGGGUUGAUGGAAGAGGUGCAAUUUGAUUACCAAUGUGACACUGAUAAGAAGAUAUCAAGUACACAUAUAUGCUACUUCUAUGCGAUACAUGGCUUUCAUGAAAUGCUUAUAUGUAGGAAUUGUUGAAUUCUAACAAAUGAAUUGCUUGUUUGAUUGAAGCCCAUCUCACUUAUCAUGUGCCCUUGUCACAUGAAUAUUACAGGUGGGUUUAUAACGAGUCCACAUAACAGUGAAGAAUCAAUAUUUUGCAAAUGAUAUAGAUACAAUUCAACUUACGGUAACUAUGAUGGAUUUUUAUCAACUUUUAAAGCAUUUGUCUUAUAUGUUAAGUUUGAUGUUUAAAACUUUCACCUUAGGAAAUUUUCAAACAUUGUUUUUGGUUUCAUCUGUUUUUCAAAUACUAAAAAGCUUUUGUGCCACUCUUCGUAUAUUUGUUUAUACCAGACAAGUUUUUAGAUAAAAUGCUCAAAUAAAAAAUUGAAAUUUGAUUUAA